UUUGCAAUUUGCAUAAACGUUAAACAAACCAAACAAAAAGAGAACUCUAAAUCAUCAUCUAUUUCGAUUUUCAGAUCCAAACGCAGAAGAGAGUGAAAGAAUGGAAGCCAUUGAUUCUGUCUUCGAUCCCCUCAGAGAAUUCGCUAAGGACAGCGUCAGGCUCGUGAAGCGUUGUCACAAACCCGAUCGUAAAGAAUUCUCUAAGGUUGCCGUGCGAACCGCAAUUGGUUUCGUUGUGAUGGGAUUUGUAGGCUUUUUCGUGAAGCUCAUCUUCAUUCCAAUUAACAACAUCAUCGUCGGAUCUGGUUGGGGAACUACACUCGCCUCAGGAAUUCAAGUUGUAAAGCAAAAGGAGGCAGAAAGAGUCGCGACUUCAAUAUAUCAUUCGAUGUGCACUUAAUCUUAGUUCUGCUCUAUUUCAUUUUUCUUCGGAAGCGUUACAAUUUUAUUUGAAUUGUGUAAUUUUAUUUUUCCGUGUUAGACUUUGACACACUAUUUUGAUUUAGGAAAAAAUUAAUUGAGGAAGUGUAGGUUUGCUCUAAUUCUUUUGUUAA